AUGGUUGAGGAAAGAAUGAAGGAAAAACUGUGGAAGUUGGGGGAAUGUGGCUCAAGGAGAUCAAAAAGCGUAGGAGGUUGGGGCCAGCCAGCCAGCUGUUGGCUAAACUGGAUGAGGAGGUGGGUGGCUGGGCAAACCAUUCAUUGCUGGGUUGGAGAGCCACCAAACUCAAAUAUGAAGUUCUCCAAAAUAGAGAGCCAGAUAGCAAGUCUGCCGGAGCUGCGUUUUGCCCUCAUUCUAGCCAAAAUGGCUAAGGAUCAGAGUAUAGCAACUCUGCUGGAGAUGCUCUAA